CAAAAUCAAAAGCUAUAGAAAAAAAAUAAAAAUAAAAGAAGACACAAGAAAGAGAGAGAAACGAGUUGGGUUUGUUUUUUGGUUCAUGCUCUUUUCCACGAACAGGUCCUCUCGAUUCAGAUCAUCCUCAACCGCAGUCUCUCUUUUCCCAAAUCCAUCAUAACCCACGUCAAAUCUUUACCAAUCUCACCCUCCCAUUUCCUAUUAACACCCCCUAAAUCCGAAACCUCAACCACUUCAUUUUCUCCGAUCAGGUUACGAUUUCGUCGAAAAUGAACGUAAAAUUUGACGGUGUUGGUGAGAUAUGAAGAUAUAGCAUGCAGUAUACGUGUUGCGUUGAUUGAGUGAGAGUGAGAAAGAAGGUGAAUCUAGAACGAGAACGAUGACGAAUCAAGUUGUGAGAGUGAAGAGAGAGACGAUUGCAGCAUGCAUGACUUGCCCACUCUGUAACAAGCUGUUCAAACAAGCUACAACUAUAUCUGAAUGUCUUCACACGUUUUGCAGGAAGUGCAUUUAUGACAAAUUUACUGAUGAGGAUUUGGAAUGCUGUCCAGAAUGCAACAUUGAUUUGGGCUGUGUUCCACUUGAGAAACUAAGGCCGGACCAUACUAAGCAAGAUGUAAGGGCCAAAAUUUUCCCUUUAAAGGGAAGAAAAGUGAAAGAACCUGAGGUUGUCGCGGCUUCAGUACCAUUGCCAGCUAAAAGAAAAGAGAGAUCUCUUUCAUCUUUGGUGGUCAACACACCAAGGGUAUCAGCGCAAUCAACGAUGACAGGAAGAAGAACAAAACCUACAAGAAAGGCUAGCAGUAUGCGGUCCUCUAGCUUUUCAUUUGAAAAGUCGAUUAAGAAAGAGGAAGCAUUAUUGGACGACCGUCUCGGGAGUUCAAGCUCACCUGAAACUUCAAAUAAGUUGCGCCAGAACAAUGGACAGAGCGAGGGUAGUCAAUCCACGCCAAAUAAAGAAACAGAGAAUGGUGCUGAAACAUGGGAUGCAAAGUUGGAUCUUUGGAAACCGCUGAAUUGUUUAGUGGAGGUUGCAAGCAGGACUAAAUCUUUCAAGUCUAAUACACAAGGUUCCACUGCUAAACUUGAACCCAUUCAAGUAAAUGAAAGUGACUCUCAAGUGCAGAAAAUCAAAAAUAAGGAAAAUAAGCGCAAGGCAAGAGUUGAGGAUGAAAAAAAUAGCCCUUUUCCAGUUUCUUCAGACACAGCAAAACCCAAUAAGUUGCGCAGAGUACGCAGGAAAAAGGAAACUUUUGGAGAAUCGGGCAUAUCACCCCAAGCUGUGGUGGAUUCUACCAGCAAUAAACUCUUUAUGAGUGGUCCAAUUUGGUUCUCCUUAGUAGCUUCUGAAAACCAGGAAGGAGAUGCACCGUUGCCACAAAUUCCUGCCAGUUAUCUGAGAAUAAAGGAUGGAAGCGUACCUGUCUCGUUCAUCCAAAAAUACCUAAUGAAGAAACUAGAUCUGACGAGUGAAACUGAGAUUGAGAUUAAAUGUAUGGGACAACCAGUGCUCCCUACACUGAAACUACAUAGUUUGGUUGAGUUGUGGCUGGAUUCAGCAGCAUCUGCAUCAGACCGAAUUCCGGCGAUUAUUGGGUCCUCAGCAAAGGAUUUUGUCAUGGUCCUAGCCUAUGCUCGGAAGACUCCACAUCCACACUCUUGAUCACGGUUACACACCAUGGAACUUUUCAUGGCUGUAUCAUCAUCACAUUUUAAAGUCACAUAAUUUAUUUAUAUAGAAAUUCAUCCUCCUCCAUUAAAACAAACCCCUUUUCUGCCAUAAGUUUAGUGUUAAUCCUGGUCUGGUUGAUCCUUGUAAUGAUCCUUACAUCCUCAUUUCUUUUGAGACUUCUUUUCUUUCUUAUUGUUAUUCCAAUAAGUUGGAGUGCACAUGUGGAUUAGGUAGCUACAGGCCACAAUACUCAUCAGAUGCAAAUUUGACAUAUGAAUGAAGAGUAUUUUUGUUUUUUUUCUCCCUAAA